UGUUGGUCGUGUGGGCUAGCCGCGGGGGGAGCGCGUUUGAGAAAGUGAGGCCCGGGGUGGGGCGGGGCAGCGUGAGUGCUUAAGGUGCUCCACAGCUGUUUUAUAUUUGUCGUGACUGUUGUAGAAGUGCUGAUGGCUUCUGCCAGACCCGGGACUGGGAGGUACCGAGAUAGAUCUUGUGGCCAACAUGUGACGAAUGUCGAUAUUGAUCCGAACGAGCCCGCUGUGGACGAGUUUGAUCCUUUUCAAGAUCAAAAUAACGUCGAGGAAGACCCCACGUAUGAACCUCCGCCAGAAAAGGAAUGGUACCACGGCCGGCUGGACCGGCAGGGCUCGGAGGAGCGACUGCGCGCGUUCGGCAAGUCGGGCGCCUACCUCAUCCGCGAGUCGGACCGCAAGCCCGGCUCGUACGUGCUCUCUUUCCUGGGCAGGACGGGCGUCAACCACUUCCGGAUCACGGCUGUGUACGGCGACUUCUACAUCGGCGGCCGCCAGUUCGCCUCGCUCUCGGACCUGAUCGGCUACUACACGCAGUACUCGGACCUGCUCAAGCGCGAGCGGCUGGAGCACCCGGUACCGCCGCCCGAGCCCGUCAACGAUAGGCGCAAGGCCGUCGCCGUGCUGCCCUACACCAAGAUGCCCGACACUGAGGAGCUGAGCUUUCAGAAGGGCGACAUAUUUUUCGUGCACAACGACUGCGGUGACGGCUGGCUGUGGGUGACGGCGCACCGGUCGGGCGAGCAGGGCCUCAUCUUCCAGGAGCUGACCGAGACGCUGGACGAGACAGUCGACCCCAACUCGGUCUACCCCUGGUUCCACGGCACUGUCUCCAAAAACGAGGCCGUCGACCUUCUAGUCAAAGCGGGGCCGGGCAGCUUCCUGGUCCGUCCCAGCGACAACUCGCCCGGCGACUACUCGCUCUUCUUCCACAUCAACAACCAGAUCCAGCGGUUCCGGAUAGAGAAGAGGGGCGUCCGGUACGUGAUGGGCGGCCGGACGUUCGAGUGUCUGGAGGCCGUCAUCAACCGGUACAAGGUGGAGCAGAUAGUGGAAGGACAUACACUCUCGCAGCCGGUCAAGAAGACGAGCACAGAGCUGGACGGCCCCGUCCAGUCCCGCGACGUCAAACACGCCGACGAGAUCUACGCCACGCUGCGCGAGUGCAGGGAGAUGCAGGGACUCAAGAAGAGCAAAGGUGUUAAGAUGCAGGGAUACCUGAGUAAGAAAAACGAGAAGAACAAGAAAUGGAAGACGAUGUACUUCGUAUUGCAAGUAGAGGGAACAGAUACACAUCUCCUUUUCUAUGAUAAUCCCAAGCGGAUGAAACCCAAAGGUCUGAUUGACCUGAGCUGUGCCUACGUGUACCCCGUGGACGACUCGUUCUUCGACCGGUCGUUCUGUUUUCAAAUAGUGGAGAAGGCGCUGCCGUGCCUGGCGACGGUCACCUACCUGUGCGCCGGCUGUGCCGACUCGAUACAGGACUGGGUGGCGGCGCUGAAGCCGCUGUGCGUGCCCCAGAACGCGCGGCUGCCCAAGGUGGCGAACCUGCGCGAGCUGCGCUGUCUGCAGCUCUCCGUGCUCGAGGCGUACCGGCUGCCCCUUAAGUUGGUGCCCAGUCCAUUUUGCGUCAUCGCCGUCAAUCAGGUCAAGGUGGCGCGCACCAAGGUCAAGACCGGCCCCGACCCCGUCUGGGGCGAGGACUUCGUUCUGGACGACCUUCCGCCGGACGUGCUGACCUUCAGUGCCAUCAUCUACAAUAAGGGCAAGCGCUCCAAGGACAACGAGGUGGCCGAGGUCACCCUCGAGCUUAAAGACCUUGUCAGCGGGGAGGAGACGGAGAACUGGCACCAGCUGUCGGGCAUCACGCCGAUCGGUGAGUGGGGCUCGCUGCGACUGCGGCUGCGCUACACGCACGACUUGGCCAUGCCCUGCGAGGAGUACUCGUCGCUCAAGGAGCUGCUGCUCGACGACCAGCUGGAGGCGGUGCGCGCCCUGGCCGGUCUCCGACACGGCGACCGGGUGCCGCUGGCCGCCGCCCUGCUCAAGGUGUUCAGGUACGAGAAGAAGGAGGCCGAGCUGCUGCAGACGCUGAACGACCUGGAGAUCGAGACGGAGGAGGAUAAGUCGACGCUGUUUCGUGGCGCCUCGCUCACCACCGCCCUACUCGACCUCUACAUGAAGUCGGUCUGCACCGGCUUCCUGCACGUCGCCGUCUCCGACAUGAUCAAUCGCAUCGUCGAGUCCAAGCAGUCGUGCGAGCUGAACCCGUCCAAGAUGGGCCACCAGGAGGACGCCUGCAGCAAUGCCGAGUACCUGCUGGAGGUGCUGGAUAGGAUCACCGAUUCCAUAUUCCUGUCGGCAGAGGACUGUCCCCGGACGCUGCGCUAUAUCUGCGGCUGCCUGCAGCGGAGCGUGGCCGCCAAGUGGCCGAACGAGAAGCACGUGCGCACGCGCGUCGUCUCGGGCUUCGUGUUCCUGCGGUUGAUCUGCCCUGCCAUCCUCAACCCGCGCCAGUUCGGUCUGCUCACCGAGCCGCCUCCGUUGCAGGGCGCCCGCUCGCUGGUCAUGGUGGCCAAGUGCCUGCAGAACCUGGCUAACCUGGUGGAGUUCGGCGGCAAGGAGCCUUACAUGGAGGUGGUCAACCCGUUCAUCAUCAAGAACCGCGAGCGGAUGGUGAUCUUCCUCGACCACCUGUCGAACGUGCAGGUGCGGCCCGAGUCGGAGGACCUGCCGCUGAAGGGCGACCCGGCGCGAGAGCUGGGCACCAUCCACCAGACCUGCUCGCUCCACAUCAAACACAUCCAGGACCAGUGCAAAGUGCAGCCGAACCUGCGCAAGCUGGUGACGGUGACGCAGAUCCUGGACAAGCACAAGAAGACGUACCAGGAGAUGAUCCGGCAGGCGGCCAGCAGCGCGACCGGCUCCAGCCUGCGCGCGGCGCCCGCGCCAUCCACGCCGCUCGUGUGACCGCCGCCAGGCCGCUGCCGCCGCCGCCGCGCAGAUAUUACCGGGAAGCCCCUCCCGCCCAUUGGCUGUUUUCUACUGGCGCGCGCGAGCUCUUGUUUGCUGUGCCAAAUGCGUUCGAUGCCGGCUGUCCGCGCCCUGUGGGGUAGAAGCUUCCUCCGCUUUCGUUUGCUUUUCGCCGCUCGUUUUCGGGUCGAUGUGCGUGGUCGCGGGAGACUGGAGGUCUCCGGUGCUGCCCGUUUUCUUUCAUGCUUGCUCGGCUUGUUUUGGCGAUGCGGUCGGCUUCAGUGGCGUGGACGGACCGGGGCCGCCCCGGUCCGGCGACACGGCCGCCCACCGCCGCUCGCUGUCUCGUGAUAGGCGGGGUCCUCUGUCGACGUUGUCGCCGCGGCGAGCCUGCUCAGACCCUUGACUGGCUACUCUUCAUGAGUGCGCGUGGGGCAAUUGCGCAUGCGUGUGAGGAGUUGGGACGUCGUACGAGAAAGUCAUACCAUCAAUGUAUCCAUUUGUGUUCAUUGUUUUUGUAGUACUUUACGAACGAAUAUAAUCCAGAUAUCGUCGUCACCUAUUACCCAAUAUCGAUAUCACAUUGCUGUAUUCGUGGUGUAAUCAAAACGGCUUUGAGUGCCACGCAUCACCCGUGGCCAGUGUAUCAUGCCAUGCAAGGCUGCGAGCGAUCGCACCCCGGCCUGCCCGUGCCCGGACACUUGGCCUAUUUGUACCCAGACACCAGGCACACGUGUCCACAAGUGUAAUAAAGCAGUCGGUACGCGCAUGGCGUUCGCGCG